CUUGAGCUCUUACGGGUUUAGCGAUUACCCCAGACAAGCGCCCCGCACCCACUCUUGGUUGGUUUCGUGUGGAGGCAAGCGGUGGGGAGGGAAAUGGGUUCUCGCCGCUAGCUAGUCCCCACAAUGACCGUCCCCACAACCAGGACCAGCCAAACCAGCCAGACCAGGCCGCGCCACACUAACUAUGGGGAACCGAAUAUUCAUGCAGCGAAGACUUGAAUCCUUCGCCAAUUCCAUCGCAGCUACCCGGGCAAAGGGAUUUCACCUCCUCUGGAUAUAAGAAGUUCGUGAGUCCUCCAACCCUGGGCUUCUCAUCAUCACCAUCCACAUCCAGUGUUCGCGGCCACUGCUCGGUUUCCAUCACAUAGCACGAACAGUCGACAAGAACAGUCUCUCGCUACUCUCACAACAAUGGUACGGACUUGGGGAAAUGCGCGGGGUGCCGCCCUGCGAAUCAUGGUGUCGGUCGCCUCGUCUUCCGCAUUCUUGUUGUUCGGAUACGAUCAGGGAGUUUUCGCCGGUCUCAUCGGAGGCUCUGCAUUCAAGGAUUCAUUCAACAACCCGGACACUACUACAAUUGGAACAAUCACUGCUAUCUACGAAAUCGGAUGUUUUCUCGGCGCUAUUCUCACAUUCUACAUCGGUGACCGUCUCGGUCGCAAGAAGGCUAUCUGGCUCGGUUUGGCUAUCAUGCUCGUCGGUACUGCUCUCCAGGCCUCUGCUUUCGGUGUCGCACACAUGAUCGUCGGUCGUAUUGUCACCGGUGUCGGUAACGGUAUCAACACUUCAACUGUACCCAUGUACCAGGCCGAAACCACCAAAGCCCGCUCCCGUGGACGUAUGAUUUCCAUCGAGGGAUGGUUCAUCACCAUCGGUAUCACCAUCUCGUACUGGAUCACCUACGGUACCUCGUUCUCUGAGGACGCGACCCUCCAGUGGCGCACUCCCAUUCUCCUCCAGGUCGUCUUCGGUGCCAUCACCGCCGUCAUGCUCUUCGGUCUUCCUGAGUCUCCCCGUUACCUGAUGGCCAACGACCAGAAGGAAGAGGCCCUCGAGGUCCUUGCCGCUCUCGAGGGUGAGGACAAGCACUCCACCGAGGUCCAGUCGCAGUACCGUGCAAUCGAGUCUGCUCUGGCCGCGAACAUGGCCAACAACAACGGUGUUGUCGUCUGGAGGGAUUACUUCAAGGGUGGAAAGCAGCAGACCUUCCGCCGUCUGGCAUUGGGUUACUGCAUUCAGAUGAUGCAGCAGCUGACUGGUAUCAACGCCGUUAUCUUCUACUCCGCCUACCUCCUCGAGAACGUUCUCUCCCUCGACCGUGAGCUGUCUCUGAUCGUCGGUGGAUGCACUGGUCUCACUUUCUUCGUCUUCACCUUUAUCCCUAUUCUCUUCAUCGACAACUGGGGACGUCGCAAGCCUUUGAUGCUCGGUGCCGCUGGACAGGCUAUUGCCAUGGCCGUCAUCGCUGUCUGUGUCAAGCUCUCAGUCGAGGAUAACAACAAGGCCGCCGGUACUGCCGGAGUCGUCUUUGUCAUGGUCUACAUCGCCACCUACUCCGGUUUCGCCUGGGUCGCUACUCCCUGGUUGUACCCCACCGAAAUCAACGAGCUCCGUUUCCGCAACCAGGGAACUGCUCUUGCUACCUCUGCUAACUGGCUCUGGAACUUCGUCGUCGUCAAGAUCACUCCUCUCGGUGCCGAGAACCUCGGAUGGAAGUUCUUCCUCAUCUUUAUGUGCUUCAACGCCGCCUUCGUCCCGAUCAUCUACUUCCUGUACCCCGAGACUGCCGGCAAGACGCUCGAGGAGCUGGACACCCUUUUCCACGAGACCACCCACGCCUGGAAGCUCACCGACAAGGGUUCCAACCCCGUCCCCGACCUCGAGGCGCCCAUGGCCUCCGGCCUGUCCAGCGACGAGGACGUCAGCCGCAAGCGCGCCAGCCACAGCAGCAUCGCCGACGAGAAGUUGUAAGAAGGGGAUGCAUGACUUAAUCGUUUGGCCGUAGUUACGUCACUACACCACUAUACCACUGCGCGUUUUCACUUCUGGGGUUGUAUAUACCGAUUUUACCACUGUUUUUUUUCCUUGUGUGUGUGUUGCCAUGGG